GUAUAUAUAUAUAUAUAAAAACUUUGGUUUGGACAAAGUAUUGUAUUUUCCACAUUCACUUGUCUUUAAAGGUGCUCUAAGCGACGUUACGCAGUUUUCUUUUCAGCUGUGAAGAUAAUUAUUUCAAAUCUGUAUUUCAAAAAGUGGAACGUUUCGGCUUUUAUUUUGAUAAAAUUAUAGCGGGUGGCCAUAUUGUUGCGGAAUACACUCAGCUGCUGUUCGCUAGCAUCUGUGAAGUAAAUUUAUUGAUAAGAAUGACGUGUUUGUGGAUGGGAAAUCUUGAGCCCUAUAUGGACGAGAAAUUCAUUACUCGUGCUUUUGCCACAAUGGGAGAAUUGGCUAUUGGUGUGAGGAUCAUCCGCAACAAAAUGAACUGGGGUGCGGCGGGCUACUGCUUCGUGGAACUGUCAGAUGAAGCGACGGCCGAAAGGUGUCUCCGUAAGAUCAACGGAAAGUCUAUUCCCGGAGCAACACCGCCAAGGAAGUUCAAGCUAAAUCACGCUACAUAUGGGAAGCAAGGAGAGAUGAGGAGCCGAGGGGGCUACACUGACAACAGGUACUCUCAGCCUUACUCCUACGACCAAAACCAGUACUACCAGCAAUACCCAGAUUACUAUUCAAAUUGGGGUUAUCAGAGCAUAGGAAGUUAUGAUGGGUACGACUACAGUCAGUAUGACUGCAGUAAUCAGACCUAUGAGGAAGUUUUUCAAGAUCUUGACUGUCUUGAAGACCCUGCAGAGGAGAUAGAUGUAGCUGAGGCCAAUAGGCUGUUUAUUGAGGAGAGUGAGGAGCUGUAUGACGCCCUUAUAGACUGCCACUGGCCCACACUGGAUUCCCCAGAUCCCACCACAGCCCAGUAGAGUACCAGGAAUCAACUCCCGGCAUUUGACUGAAACCUUUGUUACAGUUCAUUCUGACUGAUUCACAGCUCAGAAUUUAGAGCAGAGGGACGUAUGCAUCCAUGCCAGACAGGCAGGCAGGUGUUACCUUACCUGUUGACUCAAGUGGGCAGUGCGUCCUCCUGGCUGUUUCUUGGACACAAGCUGAACAUGGAAUGGGCACCCUCCUUUCCACAUUAGUUGACCUCCACACAUUUUUUUUUUUUAGAAAUGUCCUUUUACUGUGAAAUAUUGUUGAAUAACAGCUUUGCUUGACGAAAAGAGAAAUGUCUGAUAAGAGAGUGUAUUUAGAGUGUCAUCUACUUCCUUUGAGUAAUGCUCAGUACUGGAACAGAGGAUUCUUCUUACUGCUGGUUUGGAAUGGAGAGGAUUUACUCAACCAAUGUGCAAUCCCGUGCUCUGAACUUCUUGACAGUUUGAAGGACAGUCUUAUUUAUGUUUUAAUAGAUGGUUAAGGGCAGCAGUGUUCCGAAUGAAACAAGUCACAGUUGUUCCACGUGACCCCUAAGCAGUCAUGGCAACUGUACAGCUGUGUACUUUAUCAUGGCUCAGUUUCAAAUGGGAAUGAGUUAGACAAAAUAAGCCCUCAGAUAUUUGACAUGCCAAGGGGAAUUUAUGAAGAAUUAGGUCUGGAAUCUUAAAAUGGAAUUUCAAGUACCUAAUUCUCUUCUCCCUCAGAAGAGGAAGGGGGAAACACUGUGGAUAAUCAUUUGCAAACUCACCACAUAUUUAAUUUCAGGUUGUUAUUGGGAUUCAACCUCAUCCAACCUUACUAGUCAUUAGCUAAACUCACCCAAACCUUGGCAUUCUUUUUGUACAAGAGCAGUGUGUGUUGAACUGAACUGAUUUUGCAAAAACUAAGGAAUACAUUUUUGGAAAGGUA